UCCAGUCAGCCUAGCGGUCUGGCUUCCCAGUCAACAUGAAGACUCUCCUUUUCCUUGGGCUCCUCCUCCUUUCCAUCACCGUCCAGGGCAAGACCUUUGAAAGGUGUGAGCUGGCCAGAACUCUGAAAAAUCUUGGGCUGGCUGGCUAUAGGGGCGUCAGCCUGGCAAACUGGGUGUGUUUGGCCAAAUGGGAAAGUGGUUAUAAUACAAGGGCUACGAACUACAAUCCCCGAAGCAAAAGCACUGAUUAUGGGAUAUUUCAGAUCAAUAGCCGCUACUGGUGUAAUGAUGGCAAAACGCCCAGAGCAGUGAACGCCUGUCACAUAUCCUGCAGCGCUUUGCUGCAAGAUGACAUCACUCAAGCCGUAGCAUGUGCAAAGAGGGUUGUCAGAGAUCCAAAUGGUAUUCGAGCAUGGGUGGCAUGGACAAAACACUGUGAAAACCGAGAUGUCUCUCAGUAUGUUCGGAAUUGUGGAGUGUAACUGUGGAGUUUUCCUUCUUCAGUUCUUCUAUCUCUUUCUCAUAUUAAGGGAGUAGUAGUUGAGUGAAAGGUCGCACUACCAUUCUUUCAAACAAUAACACUUUAACAGAAGCAGGAGUAAAAUAUGAUCUUUCUUCUAAAAGGCUUCAUGUUUACGAAUGUGUUUAUUAUUUGAUAGUCAGCCUGUAACAUUUUUCAGGUUGCUAAUAGAAAAAAAUGCUGGUGAAUACUUAUCUAAAGUCCUGCCUAUCAAAUACAUCAUCAGUAUAUUCAGUUUUUAAAGAAAUAACCUUGAUGUAAUCUUUAGAACUCCCCAAUAGUUUAUAAAAAUGCAACAAAAUAUUGUCUUAAAACAAACUGAUCUUAAGUAAAAUCCUAGCAGAAUAGGCGUCUAUAUGUUGUCAUCUCCAAAAACAGUAAAAACAACAACAAAAAACACACACAAAACAAAACAACAUAAAAACAAAAAAAUCCCACAAAACACACACACACACACACAAAACACUAUCUGUUGGGCAAUAUAAAGCUUCAAAAGGAGCAGAAUGCCAAAUGGCUAAAACUGAAGACAGCCUGAAUUAAGAAUUUUGCUUUUCUAAGGUGUGACUUUGGUUUAUAUGAUUUCUCACAAAUGUUACUUUCAUACUGUUUAAAAAUAGACAAUUUAUAUAUCGAUUUAUUUUAGCCCUUUAAAAAACUCUUCUAUGCGUCUUUCUGAUCAUGAAGGAAUAUAAAGAAGGAUUAAAUGAGCUGUUGCUGUUCUUUGAUUUUAUUAACCUUGAUGCAUGCAUUAUGACUAAAUCCUGAGGCAAAUGGCUUUACAAGUAUUGAAAUAAUUGCUGAUUAACCACCGGUGUGAAAUUAUGCAUGUUGGAGAAAUAAUACAAACAUUAUCAUUAAAGGCUUUGCAACUCAUAA